AACCCAAUCUGCAGGUUUCGGAAGCACUAAGAAUCAAAAGACACAAUGUACACGUGAGAUGAGAUGGAUAAGGCAAGCAAAGAUAGAAUAGCGGGAUGGUAGGUAGAGACAAGCUCGAAGUGAUCAGGAAGCUUCCUUCUCAGCAGCAGCAGCGAGGCACACGUCAAUGGGGCGGAGGGAAGCUAUCGAAUGGUGUUUCUGGUUUCUGCCGACCGCCCUACAGAUGUCACGUGGUCCGGUGAUGGCAUGCGACCGGCAUCUGCAGCAGAUCUUCGGAGAAUGACCCUUUUUCUCUUUGUCAUGUCGUGUGCGAGGAUGCUGAGAAGCUAUAUAUCCUAGACUGCUGCACUGAACUUUCUUGCAGGUCUAUGUAUUCUGAGCUCUAGCUGCUUCCCAUCCUCUCGUUCCUCAGUACCUGGUCGUCAUCACCCCCGGAAUGUCGGCAAUAUUCGCACCAAACAAGGGCGGACAGCUACUGCCUGUACCGACCGGAGCUUCCACCUACCAGCAAGACCCACUCAUAUACAUUGACCGACAAGCCAAACAGAUCGAGCGCAGUCUACAAAAGCUCAUAGACGCUCAAAGCGAAGGUCUUCUUGCUGGCUUAGCGGAAACCCAGCCCAAUGCCACUCCCUCGACGAGUGGGAGCCACACUCCAAUCUCGGCGCUGGGUAGUGCGGCGAAACCCUCUACAAUCCCAGUGAGACAGCCACCUCCCGAGAAGAUCGGUCUUCGAGCGGCUCGGGAAGGAAUUUUCAAGUCGAUCUAUGACCUGCUGAAGCUGCGGGAGGAGGAACACGAGAUACUGAUUUCCAAGGUUGAUGAACGACAUGAUGCGUUGGAGGACAUUGAUGGCUUCAAUACAAAGCGUGCUGGCUUAGAAACAGCAAUCUUUAAAAUUCAGGAUGAUAAGGAGAGCCAGCAAGCCAGAAAAUUACGAGAAGAAGGUCGCAAGCUGGAGGAAGAUAUCCAUGAAAUGGAAACCAGACUGUCUCAGAUGAAAGCUAGACAGCAGCAUGUCAUCCGGGAAUUGUCGCAAAUGGAGAACUCUGUGGACUCUAAGUUAUCCUCCUACAAAGCCUCCUUGUCAAUGCUGGAAUCAGAGGUCCAAAUGUACCUGCAGAAUCCGCCUGUCAAGCCGCUGUCGACGAAGUCGAGUGAGGCGACAUUUUACAGCCUGAACCCAAAACGACGAACACUCGAUCUUGCACAGGAACAUUGGACUAAGGAACAAGCGGAACUGCGUCAUCGGGAACAGGCAGUAAAGGCAGAGAUCGAAGCGCUGGAGGCAGGUGGUGGAGUUUGGAAGCAAGUAAUCGGUGAAGUCACCGGUUACGAGAAGCGGCUGAAGAUGACGAUGCGGCGCUUCAUACAAAAACAAUCGCAAGUCCUUAGCCCUGAUGGACCUGCACAUACUCCACCGGAAGAGGACAUUUCCCGAAUUGCGCUGGAGGAUUUAAGACACACAAUUGAACGCGUAGAAGAUCACUUAGAACUCGCGGAGAGUAAGGACUGGAAGUUACUUGUCUGUUGCAUUUCUGCGGAGCUCCAAGCUCUGCAAGAGGCUCGUUUACUCCUCCUGGAUCUCUUCGAUGUCUCCGACGCCGAUGUGAGACCAGGAGUGAAUCUUCAAACUGAAGACGAGCAUGAUGUUCAUGCCGAUCCUCUUGGAGUGGACAACCCAGAGCCUCCGGCUGACCUGCUGCAAGACACGGAAGAACACCCUCACAGUGUCAUGUCGAGAUCGUCCGGUGGGGAAGAUGAUGAACCGGAUCCUGCCUGGCUGCUCCCAGAGUCGUGAAGAUUCUCAAUUGAGUGCUUAUAUGAUAUAGAUGAAAGAGAAAUAUCUAAAGCCUUCGUGAUUCCUGGCCAUAGACUACUACUUAUUGGGUUGGAAUUUGUUCUUCCAACCUGGCAACGGU